AUGCUGACAGCGUCGCGCCUGGAGGUUUCUCUCCUCAUCUCCUUGCCGCGUGCUCGCUUACCCAACGGCAGAGUGACCAUGGCCGGCAACCAGAAAGCCCCCGUUCACAUCAUCUUCAUCGGCGCUGGAGCCGUAGGUUGUUUCUACGCGUCCCGGCUUCAUUAUCCCGAACAUGGCGUGCACGUUUCCCUCGUCGCCCGCUCCAACUACGCCGCCAUCCAAAAGGAUGGCGUGAAGAUGGAAACCCAUUCCUUUGGCGACUACCUCUUCCGGCCCCAUGCCGUCUUCCCUUCCGCGGACGAGGCAGCCAAGAGCGCCUCGGCCGCCGGCCAUGCGUGGGACUACGUCGUCGUCACCACCAAGGCGCUUCCCGAGCGCGGCGACGCCUCCGCCCUGAUUCAGCCCUCGUCGGCCCCUCCACCGCCAUCGUCGUCAUCCAGAACGGCUGCCGUCACCGUCAUCAGCGCCGAGCAGACCGCCCCGGGUAUCGUGCGCCAGAACCGCUGGACCCGGAUCAGCAUCGGCCCGUACACCGACGGCCGCGGCACCGGCGACGAGGGUACCGCUCGCGCAGGCGACCGCGCCGUGGCUGAUAUCGGACGCUGGUGGGGCGACCUCGGCAGCAUCCGAGACGUCGACCCCCACGACGAGAUUGACCUCCAGCUCGUGCGCUGGCAUAAGCUGUGCAUCAACUCCGCCAUGAACCCUUCCGCCGUGCUCUCGGGCGGCCGCGGCAACGCCGACAUGGUCGCUGAUGCGGAGCUGCGGGAGCACUUGACCGGCGUCAUGGAUGAGAUCCGUGCGGCGGUGCCCAAGAUCCUCGGAAGGCCUUUCCCAGACUCUCUCGCCACUCCGGAUCGCAUCAUCAGGAGCACCGAGCGCAACACGGGGAGCAAGCCUAGCAUGCUUCUUGACUGGGAGGCGGGCAGGCCCAUGGAGCUCGAGGUGAUCCUCGGGAACCCUGUGCGCAUAGCUAGGGAGAGAGGUGCCAGCUUGCCGAGGAUGCAGACGCUGUAUGCGCUUCUGCGAAGUGCUCAAGAGGCAAGGGAACGGUCCAAGUCGGAUGGCAAGGGACGUCUCUGA